AUGAAGUACUCGAGUUCCAUUCUGAUCGCAGCUUUCUGCGUUAGCGUCCUUGCCGCUCCUGCUGCUAAGCGUUCAUCCGUUGAGGAUUACGUGAUCGAGGUCGACAAGCGUUCUUCUGUUGAAGACUAUGUCAUCCCCAUCGACAAGAGGUCUUCGGUUGAGGAUUACGUGAUUUCCGUCGACAACAAGCGCAGCUCGGUUGAAGACUACGUAAUCCCGAUCGACAAGCGUAGUGCCGUAGAGGACUACGUUAUCCCUAUUGAUAAGAGGUCGUCGGUCGAAGACUAUGUCAUUCCCAUCGACAAGCGCCACGGCGGUGUGGAGGAUUAUGUUAUCCCCAUCGACAAGAGGUCUUCGGUUGAGGACUAUGUCAUCCCCAUCGACAAGCGUAGUGCCGUCGAGGACUAUGUGAUUGAGGUCGACAAGCGCCACAACUCUGUCGAGGACUACGCCAUCGGGGUCGAUAAGCGUGGUGCUGUCGAGGACUACGACUAUGUCAUCCCCAUCGACAAGCGUUCAUCCGUCGAGGAUUACGUGAUCGAGGUCGACAAGCGCCACAACUCUGUUGAGGACUACGUCAUCGGGGUCGAUAAACGUGGUGCUGUCGAGGACUACGUGAUCCCGAUCGACAAGCGUCACGGUGGUGUUGAGGACUACGUGAUCGAGGUCGACAAGCGCCACAACUCUGUCGAGGACUACGUGAUCGAAGUCGACAAGGCUUAA